AUUUUCUCUUUCUAAAUCGCUCUAUCAAUCUUCGUUUCUAUUAAAGAAACAACAAGAUUAAAGCUCACUAGUUUCUCCUAUUCAGUUGUGUAGCUAAUCGCGUAAAAACUCCUGUUUUAACUGAUUAUAUUUGUAAUUUGUAAUUUGUGAGUAUUGUAAUGGAAGGAGUUUCAACGGUGGUGAACGAAGGUGAUGACGCGUUGAUCGGGUUACCUCCUGGAUUCAGAUUUCAUCCGACGGAUGAAGAGAUAAUAACUCAUUAUCUUACGCGUAGAGUUGUUGACAAAAGUUUUACAGCUAGUGCUGUUGGAGAUGUUGAUCUGAACAAGUGUGAGCCAUGGGAUUUACAUAAGAAAGCAAAGAUGGGGGAGAAGGAGUGGUACUUCUUCUGUCAAAGAGACCGAAAAUAUCCGACCGGAAUGCGAACAAACCGAGCCACGGAUUCCGGCUACUGGAAGGCGACCGGAAAAGAUAAGGAGAUAUUUAAAAAAGGAAAAUCCGGUGCCGGAAAGUUGGUGGGGAUGAAGAAGACACUUGUGUUUUACAAAGGAAGAGCUCCUAAAGGAGUGAAAACCAAUUGGGUCAUGCAUGAGUUUAGACUUGAAGGGGAUUUCUCUUAUUACAACAUGCCUAGAGCCUCUAAGGAUGAAUGGGUAGUGUGUCGGAUUGUUGAGAAGAACGCUGAGGCUAUAAAAACCCCAAACUUGGAUACAGGUCAUGGGAUGACGAGGAUAAACUCUUUUGUGGUGGACGAGUUUUUCGAUAGUCCACCAUGGUUGCCGCCGUUAAUGGAUUCACCGGCUCCUUGUGUUGAUCCGGAUAGACCGGGGUCGAGUUUUACUCACUCGGGUAAAAACAACAUUACCAAUGACAAUGAAAGUUAUGGUGUUAGAAAAGUUGAGGGUUUGGUUGGAAAUGAAAACUACCCAUCCUAUUUCCCUCAUGAUCAAUCUCAAGUACUUCAAAGUGACCAAGAUUACAAAAACUUUAUUGUUUCACCUUAUAGUUACAACUUUGACACCAACUCAUUCCUAAUGAGCCCAUUCAUUGAUGACCACCAAAGUGACUUCACUUUUAGUACCAAUUUCCCAUAUCUAUCAUCCGGGCCAACACAUUACAACGAUGGGUGCAGUGUGCUAGAUGGGGGUGAUGAGAAAGCGGUCGGGCGAUGUGAGGUCGACCCAUAUGUUGCAAAUAACACCAACCAAUCAAGCAAAAUAAGUGUGUCAUCACAAGAUACAGGGAUUAGUACUGACAUCACUACAGAAGCAUCUUCUGCACCCAUGCAUGAUAUCUACCGGUAUAAGGCCUUGUGAUAAUCUAGAUGAACGCGUUGCACUUUCAGAGCUGGAUUCUUUGUUGGAAUAUUUAUCAACAAAGAUACGACGAUGGCUUGAUUUAAUUAAUCAUUUGACCUUUAUUGUUGAUCAAAAUAAUUGUUUCUUAGGAUCUUCUAAUGUAGUUUCUCUCCUAGGGUAGAUAGUGAGUGUGACUUAUCUUUUGUUGGUUUGUGUUUAGAAUAGGAAAUGAAUCUGAUGUGACCAAAGUUCAUGUAAAUUCAAUUUAAAAUUAUGUACAUAACUUUAUUUUAAUCUUAAUUUAAACUUGAUAGUUUGUA